GAGGAAAAAACUGAGAAUUGGUCAGUCACCGGUGGAGUGAAGACUCUCCGUCGCCUAAACUUGCUUUGUAACCACACUAAAUCCGAAACUCAUCCCCACAGGUACCAGGUCGAGUUUACCGGUUCUUGUUCCCCAAAUAACAAUUUAUUUAUAUUAAUCAUGGCUCGAAGGUAUGACUCAAGAACCACAAUUUUCUCUCCAGAAGGGAGAUUGUACCAAGUGGAGUACGCCAUGGAGGCCAUUAGCCAUGCUGGAACUUGUCUCGGUAUUCUAGCAAAUGACGGCAUCAUUCUUGUUGCUGAAAAAAGAAACCCAAACAAACUUCUUGAUGAACUGGUCUACUCAGAAAAAAUUUACAAACUCAACGAGAACAUGAUUUGCAGUCUAGCUGGGAUAACUGCAGAUGCUAAUGUGCUCACGAACGAGCUAAGGUUAAUUUCCCAGAGAUACCUAAUUCAGUACGGUGAGACGAUCCCUUGCGAACAGCUCGUCUCUUGGCUGUGUGAUAUAAAACAGGCAUACACGCAGUACGGAGGAAAGCGUCCUUUUGGCGUCUCUGUCCUUUACAUGGGAUGGGACAAACACUACGGAUACCAAUUGUACCAGUCGGACCCUAGCGGGAACUACUCCGGAUGGAAAGCGACCUGCAUCGGUCACAACAGCGGCGCUGCAGUGUCAAGUUUGAAAUCUGAUUAUAAAGAGGGCGAGAUGACAGUCAAUGACGCACUUGCUUUAGGCAUUAAAGUGCUAAGUAAAACAUUGGACACGGCUAAAUUAACAGUAGAUCGGGUUGAGGUAGCAACACUUCAGCGUAUUAAGGGGAAAUGUGUAACUAGAAUACUGCCAGUUCCAGAAGUCGAGAAGCUCAUUGAAGCCUUUGAAAAGUCCGAAGCUGAAGCAGCAGCAUUAAAAAAAGAAAAGGCUCCCAAAUCUUAAUAAUAAUAAUAUAAUAAAAAAACAAUAAUUUAAGAAAAUUUUAUAUUUGCAUACCUCUUACAUUGGAAAAGUUUGUGAAGUAAUUAAAAGUUGUUUACUUAUUAAUUGUAAAA